AUGGGUAUAUUUAUAACACUAUCUAGACGGAAUCUUUACUAAUUUUUCUGUUUAUGUUUAUUUUUUUUUAAAUAAAUUAGUUUAAAUAUUUUAUCAGAAAUAAUUAUUUGUUUUAUAAUCAAAAUCAAUUAUUAUUGUUAUAGAUAAGCUUUUAAAAGAAUUACAGUUAUUACAUAGUAAGAAUCAAGACCAAAACUUAAUUCUUUCAAACUUAUUUCUUAAUAUCAACACUAUUAAUUAGUAAUUAGAAGAUCUAAAUAUUUAAACAUAAACUUAGAAUCUGCUUCAUAAACUUAGAAUCUGCUUCAUAAAGUUAGACCUGAGGUCUUUAACCAAAUUUUAGAAUUUAUUGACCUUAAAGAUUUUUUAAAUUUUCGAUUGGUCAGCCAAAGAGGUAAUUCAAUUGUUAUUUAUUUGAUACCAUAUCGGAUUCCAUUGAUUUAAUAAUAAUUAUCAUUUAGAAAAUCAAAGAUUAAAGAAUAUAAAUAAAAUAAUCUGCUGGAUGAAAGUAUUCAGGAUUUAUUGCAAAGAAAAUAACGUGCAGAUUUUGGCUUAAAUUCAUUGUGUAAAUAAGAUAUAUCUGAAAUUAAAAGAAUGGCUCAUCCUCAUGUAAUAAUUGAAAAGGUAAUGACAAUGGUUUGUGUCCUAUUAGAUUAGAAAUUUAAAGGAGAAAAUUCAAAUUGGUCAGCUUGUCAAAAGAUACUUGAUGAUAUCUAAUUUUUAGAUUAUCUUAGACAUUUAGAUGUUGAUUUUAUCACUGAUAAACAAUUGAAAUUUCUUUAAAAUAAUAUUCAUUCACUAUCAAUUGAAAAGUUUAAAGGGUAUCAUAUGCUUGCAGAUCAUUUUUUUAAUUUAUAUUAGCAAUUGUAGAAAUUAGAGAGUCCAAAUAUUACAAAAUAAAAAAAGAGAUAGAACUAUUAGAGAAAUUAUCUAAAAUAGAAGAAAAAGCUUUAAAUUUUCUUCAAAAAAAAAUGA